UCGUGUUCGAGGUUGGCCAUUUUGGAAAGUUUUAAGGGUGUGGAUGAAUGUAAGGGCCUACAGCCUUCCAGAUAUUACGCCCCUGGCAGGCUUGUCCCUGUUGUUGUGGUGGUGGUGUUACCGAGUAACAUCCACAACCUAAAUAGCAUGCAUUUUCAUGUUGUUCGUAUGCUGAUGGUGGUACGUUAAUCAAAGGCCAUCCAUCAUCAUCAUCCUGAGGGGUUUCAGUGCAUAAGGAUCCCGGUCGCUAUGAUCUUCACACGAUUAGAUUCAUAGCCUUGAGCCUGUU